UGCUGUCCCCUACUCGUACCAGGUGCAAAAAUUUAGAGAUCUUUGCAUUUUCACAAUUCUGGCAAAGGUUGGUAGAAUUUUUAAAAAUAUUUAUAUUUAAAAGAUGUCAGAAUUAAAGGAGUUAGCAGGAUUUUUGCAUGACCAAAAUCCACAGGUGAGAAUGCUGGCUACUCAGCAUUUACUUCCUUAUACUGCAAGAAAUAACCCUCAAUUUGAUAUUUGGUUCAUUAACAAUUGUGAGCCUGUAAAGGAUUUAAAGGCUUUAUUGAAGGAUAAACCCCAAAUUGCUAGUCAAGCGAUUACUGCAUUGGUGAACGUGUCUCAGAAUGCAGCAAUUCGUAGGGUUUUAAUGGAUGAUGAAUUUUUAAAGCUUGUUUUUAAUAUUGUCACUGAUCCUUUGCAUGGUCUGGCCGAUUUGUCAUGUAUGGUUCUCUGCAAUUUAGCCAAAGAGGAAGAUUUUGUCCGCAUUUUAGACAUGCAGGUUCCUCUCCGCGAGUUUUCUCUUAGCAGAAACAUUAUUGAUCAAUUGAUGGAUCUUUUUGUAAAAGGAACAAAUCACGGUAUCAACCAAUAUGCAAACUUUGACUUCCUUGCCAAUGUCUUUGCUGAUAUGACACGUUUUGAAAGAGGACGACAAUAUUUCACGACUAUUCAAGAGUACGACAAUGUUUAUCCAGUGUCUAAGUUGAUUGUUUUCACGGAGCAUAGCUCAUUAUUGCGCCGCACGGGGGUAGCAGCCAUUAUAAAAAAUAUUUGCUUUGAUGUACCUUUCCAUAAAAUUCUUAUGGAUGAAGAAAGUGUAAACUUGCUUCCCUAUAUCUUACUUCCUUUGGCUGGUCCGGAAGACUUGGAUGAAGAAGAUAUGGAGGGCAUGUUUGAUGAAUUGCAAUUGCUCCCAGAUGACAAGAAGCGCGAACCUGAUUUGUUUGUGAUGAAAACACACGUGGAAUCUUUAAUUUUGCUUUGUGCAACCCGUGAUGGAAGAGAACACUUGAGAACUCGCAAACUCUAUCCUAUUAUUCGUGAACUUCAUCUUCAUGUAGAGGAUGAAGAUCUUCAAGCCCUUUGCGAUCAAUUGGUUCAAAUGCUUGUCCGUGACGAAGCUACCGAGGAAGUGGAACAGGCUACUCAAAACCCACCUGAUGAGGACGAUGCUAUUAUAGAAGUUGAUUAGGAACUUAUUUUGGAAAAGGAGAAAAAUAGAUUGGAAACUAGGUUAUUAGGUCAUUAGGUCUUGACAAAAUAAAGAAAAGUUUAGACCAUUGGAGCGGAAUUAUUAG